AUGGCAGACAUCCCCAGACCUGGCUCCGGCAACCGCCGCCAGCCCAGCCGUCUCCAGCGCCGCGCUCCUCCCCCGGCCUCCCUCCAAAUAAACCCCGUCGCCGACUGGAACGUCGCCAUCCCCCUCCUCUCUCCGCUCGUCUCCCCCGAUAGCCCCGCCGACGCCAAACCCAGGGAAGACUCCCGCCUCCACCACCAGAAGCUCCAGAAACCCGAUCUGCCACGUCAUCAUGCCGCCGAGGCCGAGAAAUCUUCUUCGUCAGCUUCGGCGGCGUCGGCGGUGUUUAAGAAGUGGCAGCACCCAGCGGCACCCUUCUGCUACGAGCCUGCUCCGCCGGUGCGUCCUUUUGUUCCCGUCUAG